AUGACUAUUGCUGCAUAUGCGUAUGAAACAAAUGAAGCAAGAAGAGCACUUGAACUAGUAAACGAAAACUCAACUUUAACCAUUGAAGGCAAUGAUUUAGUCAUUGACGAUGGAAAAACUAAAAAAGUCAUUGAUUUCGAUACUUUUAACACUUAUGACCCAUUCAUUACAAUAAGUAAAGUUCCUAUCAUAAAUGAUGGAACGGUGCAAUAUAUAAAUUCUACAGUAGAUGCCUCAUUAGUGAAAGUAUUAAAUGUUCUCAUUGAAUUGUUAAAGAGCUUUCGAUUUGACGACAACAUUAAAUGCCUAAAGAAUUUAGUCAUGAAUGAAAAACAAAUUCUCGGCGUUGCUGGUAGCAGUAAUGAUGUACACCUUAUGACAUUAGAAUAUUAUAACGAACAUAAAGAUGAACUGAAAGGAGAGAAGGGUGACACCGGACCCCAAGGACCACAAGGAAUACAAGGAAUACAAGGACCUCAAGGCGAAAACGGUUUGGAUGGUGAAGAUGGAAAGGAUGGAAAAACUGCUAAAUCAUGGAUAUGGAACCUUAUAAAUACUGGUUUAACAGCUGCUUCAUAUGGAGUUCUUCAAUACCAAAUCGGAAAGAUAUGGGCAGUACUUGGUGAAGAAGUUUUAGAUGACGUUAAAAAUGCUUUGAACUUCAUUUCAAAUGGUUCGGAUACUAUUAAAACUUUAUCUGGUUGGAUGCAAGAAACAAGGAGUCAAAUAGAUACUGUAAGACGUAUAGCAAACAAUGCACGUACGGGAUUGGAUACUUUACGAGAAGCACAAAAUACACUAAAGGAAGCAAAUGAUAUUCUUGGCUCA